AUGCCGCCCCACACACCAGCGCCUGCCCGUGCAAUCCCCCAGCUGGCGCGUCGUGCAUUCUCCUCGUCGUCCGCCGUCGCCGCCAAGGAGACACCCAACAAGGACCACCACGUGCUGUCGUACGCCGCCGACUCGUUCCCCAAGGGCUAUGCUGUCGCGGCCACCCACGCCGGCGUGAAGAAGAAGGCUGGCGUGCUCGACGUUGGUGUUCUCGCCUCUACCUCUGAGCGCCCCACCUCGGCUGCUGCCUGCAUGACCCGCAACGUCUUCAAGGCUGCGCCCGUGACCGUCUCCACCGAGCUGCUCGCUCGCGGCAACGGCCGUGCCCGCGGCUUUGUCGUCAACUCGGGCUGUGCCAACGCUGUGACUGGCAAGAAGGGUCUUGAGGACGCUUGGAGCAUGUCCAACACCCUGACUGCUCUCCUUCCCGCCUCGGCUUCCCCCUCUGAGGGUGCCGGCUCGCUCGUCAUGUCCACUGGUGUCAUUGGCCAGCACCUCCCCAUUGACAAGAUCACGGGCGCGCUGCCCUCGAUGGCUGCCAACCUCGAGUCGACCCCCGCAGCAUGGCUCGACCUCGCUCGCGCUUUCAUGACCACUGACACCUUCCCCAAGCUCCGUGCUCGCACCUUCACCUUGGGCGGCCGCGAGGUCAAGAUUGCCGGUAUCGACAAGGGUGCUGGCAUGAUUGCGCCCAACAUGGGCCCUCCCCAGCCCCCGCACGCUACCCUCCUCGGCGUGAUCGCUACCGACGCCGCUAUCGCCCCCGCCGCUCUCCAGUCUGCCCUCACUUACGCUGUCGACCGCUCGUUCAACGCCAUUUCCGUUGACGGCGACAUGUCCACCAACGACACCAUCCUCUGCCUUGCCAACGGCGCCGCUACCCCUGACCUCCCCGAGAUUACCGAGAACCAGCCCGAGUACAUUGUCUUCCGCGACGAGCUUGCUGCCUUUGCCGCCGAGCUCGCCCAGCUCGUUGUCCGUGACGGCGAGGGUGCCACCAAGUUCGUCACUGUCCGCGUCCGCAACGCCCAGACUUUCGCGGUCGCCGACGCCGUCGCCCGCAGCAUUGCCAACUCAUCGCUCGUCAAGACUGCCAUGUACGGCGAGGACGCCAACUGGGGCCGUAUCCUCUGCGCUGUCGGCUACACCAACGUUCCCGAGGGCACCAUCGACCCCACCAAGGUCUCUGUCUCGUUUGUCCCCAGCCCCAAGAUCGGUGGCUCGUCCCUGAAGCUCCUGGUCAACGGCGAGCCCGAGUCGCCCAUUGACGAGGCGCGCGCCUCUGAGCUGCUCGCCGAGGAGGACCUCGAGAUCGACGUCGACCUCGCCCAGGGCUCCGAGGAGGCCACCUUCUGGACCUGCGACUUUUCGCACGAGUACGUCACCAUUAACGGUGACUACCGCACUUAG